CGGAUACAGUGCGCGCACGCAGCACGAGUCUUUUUUAGUUUAUUUUUUUAUUAUAAGUUUUUAUAGUUUUAAAUUCGCCGCCAUGGCGUCUGCCGUGAUCAAGUUGAGUGCCAUAUUGUUGCUGAUCGGCGUUUGCGCCGCUGAUGUCUCGGAGCUAGCAGCAGCGAACGCGCAGCCAGUAACGGAGGUCUGCCUGGGCUGCCUCUGCCAGGCCGUGUCUGGAUGCAAGCAGGGUCUACGCUGCGAGGGCGACGUCUGUGGCCUCUUCCACAUCACGUGGGCGUACUGGGCAGACGCCGGCAAGCCCACGCUGCAGGGCCAGUCGCCUGAUCAGCCUGACGCAUACUCUAACUGCGCCAUCGACCCGUACUGCGCUGCGCAGACCGUGCAGGGAUACAUGAAGAGGUUCGCCCAGGAUUGCAACGGAGACGGACGUAUCGACUGCUACGACUACAUGGCGAUCCACAAGAAGGGCGGCUUCGGCUGCGCAGGCGAUCUCCCCUUCCAGUACGUCAGCGUCUUCAACCAAUGCAUCGACGCCGUUGCCCGCGCGCAGGGAUAGAUUGCCCUAUGACAGAUUCUUUAUACUUAAAAUAUUUCUCACCCAUUGCAAAACAAUACAUAUUAAAAAAUAAAUCGAAUGUGCGGCGUGCCGUGCCCUCGGAAGGUUAUAAAAUAUACUUACUUAUUUACUUAAUGCCUUCUAUAUACAAAAUGGCGAAUUUUAAAAGUAAAAAGUGCCUCCCAUUACUGUAUUUCAGUGGCGCAACUUAUGCGUAUUUUUUUAUAGAGUUGACUAGAAAUAUGUGUCUCAUAAACCAUUCGAUUCGAUCGAUAUGAAAUUACUGUCACUUAACAUGACAUAAGCUCACGACAAUAUACCAAUUGGGGUAGUCAGAGAUACAUCCGUCGCGACGCCUAACCGAGUUUUCUGUUAGAUCAACGUAAUAGGUGGUCACUUUAUUAUUAAAAAAAAAAAACAUUAAAAUGCGGCACUGAAAUUACUUACGGUAAUUCGUGAUAAUUUAUUUUCGUUGUGUUCUAAGAUACUUGUAUUAUGCUCACUUAGAGUAAAUAACAACUUCAGAUAUACGUAAUUAAUUAUUAUAUCCUUCUUAGUACACACACAUAAAUUCACGCCCGCAAUCCCUAACAGGGUGGGCAGAGCCACAAGUAUAAGACAACUUGCAGCCACUAAGGACAUACAUUAUGAACUUUUUUUUUGCACCAUAGACACUUUUUAUAAUACAUUAAAGUAAACAUAACAUAGUAUCACGUUUGUGUCCCCAAAGGGGUAGGCAGAGGUAUAUAUAUUUUACAAGUCCCUACUAUCUUUUAGCCGUCUUACGAGCUGCACCUGCUGUCGACCUAUCUCGACAGCAAAUGCUGCACGUUUAUAAGCUGCCUUACUGUUUUAUGACUUGAAACAUUUUAAAGAUUUUUAAUAAUAAACUUUUUGUCUUGUCACUUGACUUUAAUAACUUUUUGUGUCAACAAUAAUAAUAUAGAUAGCUAAAAGUAAGUAAAAUGCAUUUAAAUACUGCAUUUUUAACUAUAAUUUUGUAAAUAAACCAACAUACUGAACUGCAGUCGAAUUUACAAAUUAAUCUCAUUUUACUUAGCUUGUUAAGUUGUAGAUUAAAUAAAAUAAUUAUAAUAAACUUUUAGAAAACCGUU